CCCAGUCUUCCCUACUCCAGUUGCCUGGACGGUCACCACUUGAGACUUCUUUUUGCAUGAUUUCAAAGCUUUGACAGUUUUAUAGAAAUUUCUGCUACAGCACAAUUAUUUUCUGAAUUUCUAAAUAUAUUCUGAAGCAGACUUUUUAAAACUACAGGAGUCUUUUCAUAGAUAUAUAUAUUUGUGAAAGCGUUUAUAAAGAGUUUAUCUCUGUGAGUCUUUUCAGCUUGUUGGAGAGCGGCACUGUUUGACGUCAUGACGUAAGCGGUAUUACGUAAACCGUCCGGCGCAAAAUUCAAACGGUACACAGGAAGACAAACCACAGCUGGCUCUGUACUCGCCCGCUAUACUACAAACUAAAGCGAGAAUUACCACUUUUUAAAGAAACCACGUUGGAUUUUAAUCGAUCCCAGGUAUGUUGGCCCAAGCGAGCAAAUUCUGGGGUGAGCUUUUAUGGGUUAGCGAGCUACAAUGUUAAACAAUGAGAACACGUUUAUGUCGGCUAAUGCUAACAGCUCUGUUAUGCUAACGUGAAGUUAACUUAAAAAGGAGCAAACCGAGUCUUUCUGUCUUUGUUUUUUAGGAUAUUCAGUGAUCAGAUCACGUUUUUAUGAUUUGAAAAAAGUCUUCGUGUCAGAUUUAUAUUUAUCAGUGUGAUCACGGUGAACUGAUUUCAUUUGUUUUCGACUUUUAGAGAUAAUUUCAGAGAAAACGGAGAUCCGAACUUCGACAAAUGACUAAAAGAAUCUGUCGGGAGGUUACUGAAUGAAUUUGUAUGCCUUAAAAUUAUUAUUACAAAUUCAAUUUUGACCUUUAAUACACUGCGACUUUCUCUAUAUUAAUACAUCAACGUAAGUUUAUCUUUUUACUGAUUUACAUCCUGUCAAAACCAUGAAAAUCUAAGAUACCAAAGAUGAUUUCACUUUGCUCUGUGGAUGAGACUUUUACCUUUUUUAGUCAUUGCCUCAUCUUAUUUAUUCAUUACUGCAUAUCUAAUGAAUCAAUAUGUUAUUUUCAUGUAUGACUGCUUUAUUGUUUGUUUUUCUCUGCAUGUUUUAAAGAAUUCCCCCAUCAUCCUGGCUUUUUUAUUUACAGUUGUGUGAUCUCUGUCCUUUUAUCACUCUUACGCUUUUGUGUUUUUAUUUCAUUAUAAAUAUUUUUUUACCUGCUUUUAUUUACUUCCUCUUGGUGUUUCCUACAGUGUCUGUUCUUUAAUUUUAUUGUGCAGCACUUUGAUAAACUUGAAUGUUUUUAAAAUGUUCUAUAUAAAUAAAGAUGAUUGGAUUGGAUGAAGUGAAUCUUGGAUUUGUUGUAACAUGUCUCUCUGGUUGUAUCCUUGCCUGUGCAGAGCCAAAAUGAGUGCAGCUUCAACACCCGUCUCCCGGGUUCAGUCAGGAUGGGGAUCAUCUGCCAUGAAAAGUAAGGGAUUCUCUCCCGCAACUUGCAGCACCCCACUGCUGGCAGCCUUUCCCGGCAAUGAUGAUGAGAAAGAACGACGUCAGCGGCGAAGAUCGAGAGUCAUUGACCUUCAAACUGCAAAUGACUCCUCUUUUAAUGACUCUGCAACACAAAGGUAAGUUUCAGGAAUAUGCCGAUCAUAUCCAUACCUCUGUUUUGAGUUUGGUGACAGACUUUCACACUUUAUUUGUAAGACAACUGAGCUGUUUUUGAUGUAUGACAACAUUAAAAACCAUGGCUUACUUUGUUUCAUUACAUACGUCUCGAAGGCCUAAAGUUUAUCUCUUUGCACACAGUGCUGGAGGGACUCCUGCCGCUGUGCCCAAGUUGUCAAAUGCUCAAAUUUCAGAGCAUUACUCCACCUGCAUAAAACUGUCUACUGAGAAUGUAAGUUGGUUUACUUGCAGUAUUUUAAAUGCACAAUGGUAACGCAAAGUUUUUUCCUGCAUAUCUUACAUUUUUCCUGUCUCUAAGAUUCUUCUCAGUGUGUGUCUAUUCCUUCUGUGUUAGUAAGUGUGGUUAUGAUGCUCAGAAAUAAAAUAUAACACGAAAACUUUUCUCUUUUUGGCAGAAAAUCACGACCAAAAAUGCUUUUGGUCUGCAUCUGAUUGAUUACAUGGCUGAUAUCCUCAAACAGAAGGACUCUGAACUCACGAAUUUCAAGGUCUGAAAGCCUUUUUAUCCACUUCUCAUCACAUCUUUGAGGGUCUUGAGUUUAUUAAAGAUCAAAUGCUGUUAUAUCUUAUGUGUUGCAGCUGUCUUUGUUGUAGUUACAAGAUAGCUGAAACUAAUACUUGUGUAGUGUAGUCAUAUGGGAUCUGUGUGUGUGUUGUAUGUUGGUGUUUUUUCUGAAAAUCAAAUGAGCUUUGAAAUCUGGUCUAACAUUACCUCUCAGAUAUCAAAAUCAAGUAGUUAAUAAUCUUUGCUUUAUUAAUUCAUGAUGGAAAAUAAAAGUAACUUGAAUAAUUGUUAAAUUAAAGCAACAGGAAUUUACUUUUUAUUCUUUAAAUCAUAAUAAGACAUACAUCACAUUAGAUAAUUACUUCUUAGUGUAUGUUUUGAAGUCUAAUUGUUUAGGUUUUACAUGAUAAUAACUUGCUGAUCGCUCCUCAUAUUUAUGAUCCAAGCAGCCAGUGUGAUUGAUCUGUUUUGUUUCUGUGUUGCCUAAAGGUAGCAGCUGGCACUUUGGAUGCCAGUACAAAGAUCUAUGCUGUCAGGGUGGAUGCUGUUCAUGCUGAUGCCUACAGAGUGCUGGGUGGCCUGGGGGCUGAGACCAAACCUGGAGAGGGUAAGUACCUUAACAUUGAUAUCUAUACCCAACCCUGUUCAUACACUAAAUUACAGUAAAUUAAGGGUGUAGUAUCGAUGUAAAUCAUGACUCACCCUCAUCGUUUCCUGUGUUUCUCUUAUUCUAUUGUGAUUGAACAGACCAAGGUCAGAGGGGGCAGGAUGGAGAUGAAGGGGUUUCAGGUGCUGAGGGGACUGCCAAACAGCCAAAGAAAAAGAGGCCUCCUAAGAGGACUGUGGAGCAGAACUUGAGCAACAUCAACAGUGCCGAGUCUGAGAGGAAGUGUGAGGUAUGUUUAGAGGACAGCAGGAAGACUUAUCCACAUCAUAUCCCUAUGCAAAGGUUUUGGUGUCACGCACAUGUUUCACUGUCCUUUUUUACCUGUCUAGGUGGACCCGAUGUUUCACAGAAUGGCUUCAUCGUUUGAUGAGAGCAGCACAGCAGGCGUCUUCCUGUCAGUUCUCUUCAGCGAGAACAAUCGCGGCGAGCUGCUGUUUCCCUCCUACAUGACGCUCCUGCAGUCCAAACCCAAUUAUUCUCCUCCAUCUCCUCAGGGAGUCAGUGCAUCUCCAUUUACAGGUAAAACAUCAACCAAAAUCAAAACACACGUAGCCCUUCAUUAACAUGAAUCAUCAGGUACCCAUUAAAAACUGUCAGAGAAAGGGAUUUUCUGGGUUUCUGUGUCACUUCACUUUGAGCUGUUUCUCAGAAAGAUGCUUAAGAACUAUUUUCCUUUGCUGUGUUUCCACAAGCUGCACUUCAGCAUGCCCAAGAGAAGAGCUCCAUCUGCCCAUCCCUGCAGGACUUCUCAUUCACUAGCUGGAACCCUGAGCAGGUCAGAACCUCUUAUAUGAAUUAACUGAGUCUUCUUAAAUCCAGCCUUCUUUGGUCCUGUGCUCCAGUAACAGCUGAGCCAGCUGUCAGUUUUCCUGUUAUACUUGGACAAAAAUGACAUAUUCAGGGCUAUCCAGUGAGAAAUCAGGUCAAACAGAUCCACAGUUAUGUUUGUCAGACUAGAUAGACUUUGCAGGUACUGUUGGCUUGUUGUUCCUUGGUUUCACUUACAGGAGAACUUUUGGUGGAAAUUGCCCUUUUUUUCAAUCACAUGUGGGUCUCAGAAGAUUUGCAAACUUUCGAAGGUUGUCUUCAUUAACAUUUCAAAGAGCCCAAACUUUUUUGGAUUUUUUUUCGUGCUUUCGAUCUCACUGUGCUGUCCCUUUCAGACUAUGAAUCAGCUCCUGGAGAAGAUGAAAGAAGGUGAACAUGUGUUUGACCUGAAUGCUGAGCCUGAGCCUGAAGAGGAGGACUGUCCUGACUUUGAUGCAGACUAUGAGGAAGGGCAGGGUGACUUUGAGGAGCACAAGGAAGCUUGUGAAGCCUCAGGCUCUGGCAAAGGACGGUAAGAAUGGUUGUGAGAAAACUCUUGGUCUGUGUUGAAAUUGGCGCCCCCCUGUGGAUAAAGUGAUACCUCUUAUCUCAUUGUUUGAGACAUCAACCUCAUUUUAUUGUCUUUUAACUAAGAAAUGCAUCAUUUCCUGUGGAUAUCAACUGUGUUAAAGGUAUAAAAAGUUAUCUCUUCAGCCGGCCCAGUCAUGUGGUCUAACUCUAACCCCUCACUUUGGUUUCAGGGAUCAAAAAUAAAUUUGCUUUGUAUUUAUUAAACUAACUGAAUUAUUCAAACUCUUACAGGGAUGUGAUUCCCAUUGGAGAGGGAGACAUUACCACCAUGUGUCUGCAGCUGUCCUCACAACCCAGGGAGUACUCAUACUUCAGCCCCAGGACCAUGGCCACGUGGGCCGGACCUGGCUAUUGGCAGUUCAAGCCGAAGCACAAGUGUGAGUGAAAGUCUUUGUUAAUUCACGAUAACAGACGCUCAUGUUGUCAGAAUGAGGAUGAAAAUAGAAAUGCCCCAUCCUGAGGGCCGAGAGUAUUUUGAUUUGAUUUGAUUUGAUUUUUGAUCACCCUGGGUCUGCAGAGAAACAAUCAUGGAUGAACAUGAUGAUUAAUUUUAAUCAAUAUCCCACAGUGGACCAUUUGCCUGACAAGGAGACCCGCAAAAGAAAGCCCAAGAAGACCUUCGAAAUAGACUUCAACGAUGACGUCAACUUUGAUACCUACUUUCGCACCACAAGAGUAAGUCCUCCUGCUGCCAUUGUUAUUCCACAAUUUUACUGAGUGUAUCUUACCUUAAUAGCUAUGAAUCUAUAUUCCCAUGCUCUCUGUAAAAUUUAGAUCUCAUUGUCAAAGUUAGUUGAUAAAAUCGAGACAGUUCUCUUUUUUCUUCAGUAUUGAGCUUGAUCCAUCACAAUCCAAAAGUUACAGGAGAUUUACAGGAGAUACUGCAACCACAAAGUUCAGUUUGUCAACUUUUUCUUUACAGGCUGCCACAACAAACAGCAAGUCCGCCCUCAGCGCCAGCAACAAGAAAACAACUCUACCUGCUGACUUCCAGUUCCCUCCAGAAACACUUUCUCAGCUGAACUUUAAGCCCUCCAGCUCGGUGAGUUCCUCUUCUGAAUGGUUGUACUGCUUUGGGUCAUGACUUUGAGGACGAGUAGGGAAUUAGAGUCAGUCUGGGGUCAUUGAGUGUAAAUAAAUCCUCUUUUUGGUUAUGCAAAAUGUACAGACACAAAAAAAACAGUUUGGUUCAUCUAUUGAUUAUUUACAGGUUUAAUGAUGAAAAUCCAAAAAUCUGAUAUCUGAGGACUGAUUUUUUUUUGGCUUCAUCCUGAAUUCAUACAAAUAUGUCCAGAAAGUAUCAUAAAUGUAAAACAACUUUAUUAACUUCUAUUCAGCCUCAUAGGAUAUGCCCUGAAAAAACACAAAUAGACUUGAUCUGCUUUUAAAAAUGAAUGAUUUUUUGUUGGUUGACUUCUAGCUGAGUAAAGAGGGUCAGAAGAGGCUGUCUGGAGAGCUUGGGGAAGGUAUUGGAGACUAUGACUACAACAACCCCAAUGACACCGCCAACUUUUGUCCGGGUCUUCAGGUAUGCAUUCCUCUUUCUUUUAUUUGAAUUUUAUUUUCACUGGAUGAAAACAGAGUUUCUGUGUUUCAGCCUUUGACAGCUGUUUUUUUGAAUCCUCCUCCUCAGGGUGGUGACAGCGAUGAUGAUGAUGCCAUCUCAGAUGAUACACAGCCUUCAAAUGAGCCGACACUCCCACCCUCACAAGAUCUAGAGGGUGUUUCAACCUAUGGCGAGGAGGAUCUGGUACCUGAACCGCACAGGGUGAGUUACACGGGGUUAUGACAUACUAUGUGUGGCUUUAAGUGGACGUAAACUGUUUUUAUAAUUUGUGACAUUUAAAAAGUUCGCUGUGGAUAUAAUGUACACAAAUGCCUUUUUUCUAUGCUAAUGCCUUUUCAUGUUUGUGUAGGUCAACAAGAUUGAGAUCAAUUAUGCAAAGACAGCCAAGAAAAUGGACAUGAAAAGACUCAAGAACAGCAUGUGGACUCUUCUGACCGACAGCCCAGAAAAAAAAACAGAGGUAAACGUUUCCAUUAGAAUAGAUAUCUAUCUACCUCUUGUCUUCAGUUGUUAACAAAAGUAGCAUGAUACAUUUUCCUGAGUCUUUGCUCAGAUUUGGGUUUUUUAAAAAAGCCACAUAGCCACAGUCAUAGAAUGUGUGUGUCUGUGUGAAGUAUUGUCAGUUGAUCAUGAAUGUUUAUGCCCUGCAGGAGGUGACAACUGUUGAGAAGCCGGAGGUGUGUGGGGAGAAAGUCUUCAGUCAGACCACGAAGACCUUGCUACAAAGGUACCAGGAGACAUCUGACCAAGCCUACUAAUGACUGUUGACUAAUGAGGAAUAAUAAUAACUGAAUUGUGUUUACAAAAACCCUAGGACUCUGCAUGCCAAUUCAUUUGUAAAUGUUUUUCUUCUCCAACAUAUCUUCAUUCUUAUUUAGAGCUGUUCCGUCAUGUAGUAAUCCUGUAGUCUGUAUGAUCUAUGUUCAUAUUUGUGCCGGUCAGACUGGCACAAAGGUAUCCGAGGUGUAUAUCUUUAACCAUCUCUGUAUUCUGUGGCGUCUAGGUUGCCCAGUACAAUGGCUCAGAACCUUUCGGUGCCCCUGGCGUUUGUUGCUCUGCUUCAUCUUGCAAAUGAAAAGGUGAGUUUUGUUUCUUUUUUUUUUUACAAUAUUGCCUUUUUUUACUCAGUGAAAACAAAACUUCAAGUCCUUGAAAGUUUAAGUAAAAGGUGCAAAGAGACAAAGCUGGUUUUGAAUCAUUUUGGGCAUGAUUCCGAUUCACAUAGUUGUAGUCUCUCUUUACUUUACCAAACAUGAAAAUACACAUACACAGUCUAUCUUUUUCAUCCUGUUAGCAUAUCAAGAGCCCUAAACUUUCGAUAUUCAUUAAACUUUAAACUUAGAAAAAGUCUUUAUUUGUUUAGAAAUAUGUUUUUAUCUUGUCUUUAUUUGUAGUUAUACUGAAUACUUCGAUAAUAUUAAUGAAUGUGUUUUGUGUCUAACAGAACUUGGAGCUGGUGAAAGUUGAUGACAUGUCAGACAUCAUCAUCAAACAAGGCCACUAAAGGGAAAGGAGAUAUUAUGGCUGUUGAACGGAGUCACUACUUUACCUCUCUCUUGUAUAAUAUUUGAUUGUUUUUUUCCGUGACCAUCUUUAUUAGAUUGUAUGAUUCUAUUUUCUGGCAAAAACAUAAUCAAGAACCGUUUCCAAGGCCUUUGCCCCUUUUUUAACAGCUGUCAUUUUUAUCGUCCUCUAGCUUGUGCGUGUGCGUGUGUGUGUGUGUGUGUGUGUGUGCGUGCGUGUGUGUGUGUGUGUGUGUGCAUGUGGAUAAGUUAACCCUCAGCUGCCGAAAAUAAAUGUGUAUAUUGUCAAGACAAAUAAAAGCCUUUUCUAAAA